UGUGGAGGUGUGUAGAACAGUCAGAGCGAACGAGUCGUAAUACGGGACGGGUUUUGUGGGUUUUUGCACUUGCUGGUCGUGUUCGUCGAAAAUAAAAGUGUGAAAUAGUUAUGCAGUUUUAAAAAAGUGGUUUAGAAAUACGAAAUUUUGUUACAAGUUUGUGUAAAGUUUAAGGUGACGCGUGUUGUGUGAAACUGGAACACAUUUGUGCAAAGCUGCAGACAAUGCAUUACAAUUCGUUCAAUUGUAAGCAGAACAUCCUGGAGUACUACACCUGUCACGGUGGAGUAAACCAGCUCGGCGGAGUCUUCGUCAAUGGGCGGCCCCUGCCCGACCUGGUCCGGCAACGGAUCGUCGAACUCGCCCACAACGGGAUCCGGCCGUGCGACAUUUCGCGCCAGCUGCGCGUCAGCCACGGCUGCGUGUCCAAGAUACUAUCGAGAUACUACGAAACGGGCAGCUUCAAGGCGGGCGUCAUCGGCGGCUCCAAGCCGAAGGUGGCCACCCCGCCGGUGGUGGACGCAAUCGCCGCCUACAAGCUCCAGAACCCAACGAUGUUCGCGUGGGAAAUCCGCGACAAGCUGCUCGCGGACGGCAUCUGCGUGCACGACAACGUCCCCAGCGUGUCCUCGAUCAAUAGAAUUGUUCGCAACAAAGCGGCGGAAAAGGCCAAGUACAGCUCCCGCAUGGACACCAGCAUGGACGGCGGUAGCCCGCGGGGAAUGUCCCGCGGACAGGGUCAGCAACAGCAAGCUCAAUCUGGACAGAGUGGAUCUCAACAGCAGCAGCAGCAGCAAGCCUCCGGCCAGGAGUGCAUGAACCAGCAGUCCAUGUCCGAUUCCGAGGGAAUGAUGAAGAGUUCGCAGGCUUCCGGCGACAACGUCGCCUCGGCUUCGUACAGCAUCAACGGGCUGCUUGGAUUGUCGCAGAAGUCGCUGUCCGGAAGUAGCUCGAAACGGCGCAAAAUUAAAGAGGAUCCGGAUUUGAAAUCAAACAUUCUUGGCUGUAUUAAACGGGACAAGGUACUGAAUCCGCACGGCUGGCAAUCUGAAACCAAAGACAUGCAAGAAAUGGCUCACGAUGGCGGACAGGACAAGGGAAAUAACAACAAUAACAACGAUAUGUACGUGGGGGGGCCCGUGGACUUUGUCAGCUCGAUGGCCAUGGCCAAUGAGGACAACUCGGACAACCAGCAGAGCUUCUCGUUGAGAGCUGAGAAACCGCACAAAUACCACCGGGAGGACGCCCUCUCGGUCGGGGUCAUCAUCGAGGACGACUCUUCCGGAAGGAAACACCAACAGCAGCAUCACCAUCCGCAGCACCCGUCCGACCUGGGCAAGAGCCCGGGCGGGGGAACGGCCGGCGGCUACGAGAAGAUCCUGACCAGCGAGAUGCUCGCGUCAUCGGCAGCCGCUGCAGCUGCGGCGGCGGCAGCGGCGGGCGUCGGCAUUGGCCUCAAGCGCUCCCAGGACGCGUCCCCCUCGAUGGCCCAGUCCAUCGAGUUCCUCAGCGACAUGAACAACAACAUAUCGCAGAACCAGAGCUUCCCCACGACGAGUUACGAGACGGCGGGUGCGGGCGGAGGCGGUGGGUAUAGUACCGGAGGGCCGGGCGAACCCGGCGCGGAAACGGCCGUCCUGAACCCGCACAUUGCCUGCUCGUCCAACUACUCGGCGUUCCUGCAGAACACGGACCAGUUUGCCGCAAACCCGGAGCUCAUCUUCCCGACCGCCUACACCCAGUACGCGCCCGGCUACGGCUCGUUCAACUACAACGCCCCCUUCACGAACCAGAACCUGUGCCGGGACCUCGGUCAGAUCCACUACCCUGAGGAGCAGUGAUGACCGAUCUGAUCGGGUGACAACUCAACCAACCAACA